GUUACUUACCACCCACCACCGAAUCAGUUCUUGGCGAACCACCCAUCGAACAGGAAGCCCCCACUAUGGUGAACAAAUUAGUUCUAGUCGCCUUGCUAGGCAUGGUCGCAGCCGUGGCCAUCGCCGAGCAGAGGAAGGUCCAAAUCACGCCCGUUGUCCAGCGGAUGCUCAACACCUUCCCCAAGCCGGAGGUGCCCGAGGGUUACGUGUCGACCAACCCGCACACCAUCGGGUACAAGUUCCGCACCCGCGUCGAUCACUUUGACCCGCAGAACCGGGCUACGUUCGAGUUCGAGUACUACUCCAACGAUGAGUACUACGAGCGCGGAGGACCGAUCUUCAUCUUUGUCGGUGGUGACUGGCCGCUGGAGCAGUACUACAUCGAGCGUGGACACUUCCACGAUAUUGCGCAGCGCACGAACGCCUGGAUGUUCACCAACGAGCACCGCUACUACGGACACAGCUCGCCGGUUUCUGAUUAUUCCACGGAAAACCUCCGCUACCUGACCGUUGAACAGGCCAUGGUUGACUUGGCCGAGUGGAUCUUCCACUUGCGUAACAACGUGGUUCGCGAUACGAACGCUAAGGUUAUCCUGCUGGGAACCGGAUACGCCGGUGCCAUCGCUACCUGGGCCCGUCAACGUUACCCCCACCUGGUCGAUGGCGUUUGGGCAUCAAGUGGUAAGAUCGAGGCCCGUUUCAACUUCAAAGAGUACGCAGAGGAGAUCGGAGAGCUGCUCCGUGAUCUCGGCAACGACGAAUGCUACAGCCGUAUCUGGCGUGCGUUCCGUACGGCUGAGAACCUGAUGGAUGCUGGCCGCACCGAAACCGUAACCGAGAUGUUCAACACCUGCGAACCAGUCGACGAAGAAAACAUGCUGGACGUUGAGACGUUCUUCUUUAACGUCAAGGCAGCCCUGCAGGAUGCCGUCCUCCGAGGACAAAACGUUGAGGCCACCGAGGCUUUGUGCGAGGCGCUUGAAGAGAGCACCGAGGAAACCGACAUCCAGGUCAUCGCCCAGUGGCUGCAGGAGUUCUACUUCUUCCUCGACUGCAUGCCCUUCGACUUUGAGGCUCACACCGAUGCGUUCCGCCUCACGGAGAUCGGCUACCCGGAAAACGCCAACCUGGGUCUUCGCCAGCGAGUGUACCAGUUCUGUACCGAGUUCGGAUGGUUCUUAACGGCCGACUCGGCCGAUCAGCCGUUCGGUUACCGCGUGACCAUGUACUUCUUCCUGAACUUCUGCCGCAGCGUCUUCGGCGAGUGGCUGUCCAGCGAAGUGGUGGCCGACGGUGUCCACCUGACCAACAUGCACUUUGGCGGCCAAAAUCCGCGCAUCUCCAACGUACUGUUCACCAACGGAGCGCUCGAUCCGCAGCGGGAUAUCUCCAUCACCGAGUAUCUGCAGCCCCGUUCGAACGCGAUCGUCAUCCCCGGGUACUUUGCCAGUCCGGAUUUGAACGCCAUCAGCGGGUACAACUCGCCCGAACUGAUCGAAGCCAAGCACAAGGUUCAGCAGUACAUCGAGAGCUGGCUGUACGAGCCGGUUACGCCGUACGAGCGUCGGUAGAGUGUGGUUUUGAAGAAUGACGGUUAUUUAAAUAAAUGAAGGAAAAGGACACUUGAAAAU